AUGCAGAGAUUCUUGUUCGGCCGCGUCCUGGAACAAACUCGUCAUCAGAUAAUUAGCCGACGCUUUCUCACUCUUGUUCCAUCUCUCUCUCACCCUGUUCCUGUUCCUCUUUCUGUUGCCACUUCCUCUCUUCCCGUCACUUUUGACAACAUCAAUCCCAAGAAGGUAAUUCUUGGAACAUGGCACUCCAAGUUCACAAUUCCGGCAACAGUGAAUCGUGUCAGAGAGAUCCACAAGAGUUCGGUCAGCGAUAAUAACCCGAAAAGUACAAAGAGUCCGGUCAGCGAUACCCCGAAAAAACCGAAGAGUUCGGUCAGCAAUACCCCGAAAAAAACAAAGACUUCGGUCAGCAAUACCCCGAAAAGAUCAAAGUUUCAGAAACACCAUCGAGGAAGAUUUAGUAGAGGAAUAGCUCCCUGUGAGAAUCUUUCUGGCAGCUAUGCUCUUCAAACACUUGAACCCGGUUGGAUCACAUCUAGACAAAUAGAAUCUGGGCGACGAGCAAUGAUACAACACAUACAACGCGGUCAAGAAGUCCUAGUACGUAUAUUUGCAGACAAAUCAGUUACGGCAAGACCAACUGAAAUGCGUAUGGGUCGUGGGAAAGGAGCCCCAGCGUUUUGGGUAGCUGUGGUUAAACCAGGUAAAGUCAUUUACGAAAUGGGUGGUGUAUCCGAGUUAAUAGCCAGAAAAGCUAUUAAAAUAGCAGCGACGAAGUUGCCUCUUAAAACCCACUUCAUUACUUCUAAAUAAGUCUAUAGGAGGAGCUAUAGUCCUAUAG